CAAUGGGGCCUUUCCUCCUCGUUCUCUUCGCUCAUGCAAUUGGAGUAAGCCAUGCCCAUGCUGCUUCACCUGCGGAGGUCUACUGGCACGCAGUCCUGCCAAAAACACCCAUGCCCGGUGCUAUCCGUGAUUUAUUGGCUGAUAAGGAGGCACGCACAGCCGUGAAUGUUAGCGAGGGAGGGCUCAGCUUUAAUAUCAGCAAGGGCAAGAACUUCGCGAGACUUGGUAAUUCCUACAUCUACAACUACAGGUCCCGAGCAACCAAAAUAGAAGAUCGCUUUGCAACUAUCUUCUUCUUACAGAAGGACGUCGUGCAUCCCGGGGCCAACAAGACCAUCCAUUUUAUCCGGACCAGCUCUGGCGCCACCCUUCUUCCUCGUCGCAUGGCUGACUCCAUUCCCUUCUCAUCCAUCAAGCUCCCAGAAAUGCUUGCCCGCCUCUCCAUUAACCCCAACUCCACCGAAGCAGAAUCCAUGAAGAAGCCGCUUCAGGACUGCGAGGCGCCUCCAGUUGAUGGAGAGACCAAGUACUGCGCAACCUCCCUCGACUCCAUGGUGGAUUUUAGCACGUCGACCCUUGGGACACGUAACAUCCGGGCCUUGUCAACAACGUUGGAUAACCAUGCUACCCCGAAGCAAGUGUACACCAUGUCCAAGGUGCAAAAGCUGGCUGGCUCUAAGUUCGUGUCUUGCCAUGUUAUGAAUUAUAUAUACGCUGUGUUUUACUGCCACUCACAAAGCACGGUAGCAUACACAUUGUCGAUGGUGGGGAAGGAUGGGACAAAGGUGGAGGCCGUGGCUGCAUGCCACACUAAUACGGCCGAAUUCAACCCCCAGUACGUGGCUUUCCAGGUGCUUCAUGUGAAGCCUGGGACUGUGCCAAUCUGCCACUUCCUGCUCGAGAACGGCAUUCUAUGGAGUCCAAACAAAUAGAGCGUGUUGUACUUAGAGGUGAAGCUUUGUUUGCCUCUUUUUAUAUAUAUAUAU